AUGAGCGCAGUUGGCUCGCCAUGUCAUGGCGCUUCCCCUCCCCGUCCGCCAACACUCGUGGCUGCCGCAUUCUCAGCCGCACCACACUGCGCGCGUACCGUAGGCCGUCCAUCGCUCCCGGGCUCUCUCUUCCUCCGCCCCCGACUCUCCGCGCCUCGCCACCCUUGCCUCCGCCCAUCCCGCCCCAUCCGCGCACCUCCUCCCGCGGCUGCGCUCGACGGGCUGGGCGCGGUGUACGGGCAACUCGCGGACGCGCUGCUGCACGGGGUGCCGCUGGGCAUGGACGUGACUAUAGCGAGCGUGCAUCACGAGGUGGCGCAGCUCGCGGCGUCCGCCGGCAUUCCACUGGACGACCCCGUGAGUGCCCUCGCGCCCCCCCACCUCUCCUCCUUCCGUCCCCUUCAUCCGCAAUCCGCGCGUCGUUGCGCCUCUUGCUUGCGCACUAACGUGCUGAGGCGAUUCUCCCCCUCGGAGGUGAAGGUGGGGCGACAGCUGGGGCACGGCAACUUCGGCGUGGUCUACGAGGCCACCGUCGCCGGGCCGCGCGGGCAGCCGCAGCGCGUGGUGGUGAAGCGCAAGGCGGCGGGCGCGGGCGCGGACGAGAUGCAAGACGUGGAGCUGUUCAUGAACCACCGGCUGCAGCGUACGGUGCCAGGAGUGGCGGCCAAGUUCCUGGGGACGAUGGAGGUGCAGCCGGGGAACAAGCUGCAGGAGGGCGUGUGGCUGGUGUGGCAGCACCAGGGCGACAGCACGCUGGACCGCCACCUCAAGGACCGCCAGUACCCCGCACCGCUGGCCGCCAUGCUGCUGGGCGUGCAGGGGGACGCGGGGGGGUGGUCGGAGGAGCAGCGCAUGUGGGUGGAGUGGCAGGUGGCGCAGACCGUCAUGCGCCAGAUCCUCUCCAACCUCCGCGCCCUGCACCACGCAGGAGUGGUGCACCGGGACGUGAAGCCGGCCAACCUGGUGGUGGACGAGGGCGAGCGCCACCUCUGCCUCAUCGACCUCGGCGCCUGCGUUGACCUGCGCUCCGGCCGCAACUAUGUGCCCAGUGAGACGGUGAUGGAUCCCAAGUACGCCGCCCCCGAGCGCUUCGUCAUGCCGCCCGCCACCACGCCGCACCUGCCGCCCGACCCGCUGGCAUCGCUGCUGUCGCCGUUCAUCUGGGUGGCCAACUCCCCCGACCGCUUUGACGUCUUCUCCGCUGGCGUGGUGCUGAUGCAGCUCUCCCUCAAGUCGCUGCGCCAUGAAGCCAACCUGGAGGGGUUCAACAACGAGUUGAAGCGGUGCGACUACGAUCUGAGCAGGUGGCGGAAGAAGUUCCGCCCCGCCAGCGCUGACAUGGCCGUGCUCGACGCCCAUGGCGGAGCGGCGUUUGACUUGGCAAAGCAGCUGCUGCAGAAGCGACCCAACCACGACCACGCCGUGUGGCCCAGCGUGUUUGGCAUGGGGCGGCCAUCAGCAGGCCGCGCCCUGCGCCACCGCUUCUUCUCCCUGCACUCCCCUCAACCCUUCCGCCUCCCCCGCUCCCCCCCCUCCGCCACGCCCGCGUCCGCCCCCGCCACCGCUGCCCCUGCUGCUGCUGCGCCCGCCACUGCCCCCUCUGCUGCUGCCAGGCGCAGCAUGGCGGCCCCCCCUGCUGCCCCCACUGCUGGUGGCGCUGCUGCUGGGCGCGCGGGCAAGGGGGAGAGGGCGGAGAGGGCGGAGCGGGGGGAGCAUGGGGAGAAGGGGGAGAAGGUGCAGGUUGGGGAGGAUGCGCGGGGGAGACACAAGGACGUGGGACGGAAGAAAGGCCUGGGUGCUGUGGAGGUGGCGGCAGGAGGUGCCAAGGCAGGCGAGAGGAGUGACGGCGUGAGAGGGCGAGGGGAGGCAGGCCACGCAAGAGGGGAUGUGCGAGGAGGGAAGGAGGCAGCGGCACAGGGAGGAGGUGCGAAGGAGGGCAGUGAGGUGGGGAAGGGGUUGCUGGUGCAUGCGCUCAAGGCCGUGGUGCCGCCUCCCACCGCCCACCACCCCCAGCCCCCCCUGCACGCCCCCACUGCUGGCGGGGCCAAGGCAAGGCGGGCAGCACCGGGUGACAAGUCGGGGCAGGUUGCAGGCAGGGGGGACGCGGAGAGCGCAGAGGGGGAGAGCGGCAGGGGCAGGGGAGCAGGCGUGAGGGCGAGGGGGGAACGCGGGAGGGCGGGGAGCAGGCCAGUGGAUGUGGCGGGGGCGGUGAAGCGCGGGCACGUGGCGACAGCGUACGUGCUGGGGUCGCUGGUGGCCGGGCUCGCCCGGUCGCUGGAUGACGACAAGAGCCGCGGCGGGGGUGAAGGGGAUGCAGGCAUGAGGCGUGGUGUGGUGGGCAGCGAGGCGGAGGCGGGUGAGGGUAAGGAGGCCACGGGAGGAGGUGGGAAGGAUGAGAGAGAUGGGGAAAAAAGGGAGGUAGAGGGCAGGAAGGAUGGGAUGGAGAAAGAAGCUGGGCGUGUGGUGGGGGGUGGUGCAGAGAGGUCAGGGGUGCAGGCGGGAGGCGAUGGAGCGAGGGUGGAGAUGGGACAGGGGAAGGCAGUCGAGGCGGGGGGCAGGAGGCGGGAGGGGGGGAGUGAGGGGGGCGUGGGAGUGAGUGUGGCUGUGGGCAUGGCGGAGGUGGGGGUGGCAGCAGCGGGUGCGACAGCGACGGCAGUGAUGGCAAUAGCGUCCUCCGUGUGGCGCGACAUGGCCACCCCCUCGCCCGCCCCUCCCGCCCCCACUGCCCGCAGCAGCCCUGUGACAGCAGUGGUGGAGGCCAGUGAGCAGGGCAGUGGGAGGAAGGGGGGGGGGAAGGAGAGGAAGGAGCAGGAGAGGGUGUUGCAAGAGGCAGUGGAAGCAGCAGCGGAGGAGCGGGAACGGAUUCUGAGGGGGGUUGUGGGGAGUGAGGGCGGCAGGCAGCAAGAGGGGUCGCCUGUGGAGUUGCAUGCAGUGGUAGGAGGUGGCGAGGGAGGGGCGUAUGUGGGGGGGGUGGAAGUGGUGGCGCGGGAGGGGCGUAUGAGGCGGCAGGUGGAGCGGCAGGUGAUAGCAGAGGAGCUGCUGACGUCAGUGGGCGAGCUGGGGGUGCAGCUGGGGUCACUGGAGGAGUCGCUGCAGGCGGGCCGGCAUGUGGCAGCAGAGCAGCAGCAACUGCUCACCCGGGUCAGUGCUGUGAGAGCCACGCUUGCCAAGACCAGGAACUGA